ACUUCCUCUGCUGCUACCAGACCAGAGACGCAAGCUCAGAGAAAACAUCUCAGCUACGGAUAGAUAGAUAGAUGGAUGAGAGAACUCAGAAAGUGAUCAGAAAAGUUAUCAGAAAGUGACACUAUACAUUGGACAUUACUGGGAAUUACUGUCACUCUUGAGAUUUCUGUUUCUGCAACUAUACAAAAAGGCAUCCCACUCUAAAACUUUCGCUUGAGCUGUGUUUGUGUGCGUAGGUGGCUAUCAUGCUUGGAGAAGCUUUCCUUCACAUUCUGAACUGCACAGAAGACACCACAAAUCAUGAUGGACACUCUCACACAGUCUCAUCCAACCCCACGACCUGUCCCAACCCCUUCACGACAAACGCCACUGCCAGAUCACCUCUGACACCACGAAGUGUGAGAGCUGGCAGGCCCGAAGGCCUGGAAAAGCCAAGGCAGUGCCGGGCCUCUGCACCCAGCAACGCUAUGCCCAUUCUCAGCUGUAGCGGGGAGGAUCACUUAGGUAUGACGCUAUAUUGCUCCUGGUGCUGUCCCAGCUUCUACAAGGACUAUCCGGACCUCCGGCUUGCAGGUGACCGGCUGGAGCACUGGAGUCCUCGUAACCCAGACCCGCUCAACCCAUCGGACGACGGUCCCCUGCUUCAAUCUCAGGACUUAAGCUUUCUGGAGCCUUCUUUGGAGCCGAGUCAACAAGCAGAGGCUGUAACCCAGCAGGACGAGGGGUAUCUUGUCAUGGAGAGUGUUCAGAGCCCAGGCUGGGAGAGAAGGCUCACCAACUCCAUGUUGAACGGCUAUCUGGAGGUCCAAAUGCUGGAGGUGUUUUGCCAGCAUAUGCAAAACAUGGCGUGCUGUGGAUCGUCAUUGCUGGGCACUGACGUCAUGCCGGCACUGGUGCCCACCAGCCUGACUGUAGCAAAAGAACAGACAGCCAGUCAGGAAGAAGAGGAUUCUUCAUCCAAUAAUGUUGUGAGAUACUUGAGCACUUGCUCAGCUCCAGCCACCUCCCACUUCAGCUCACCUGUGCUGCGAAUUUCAGAAGCUGAGUAGCCACCCUCAUAAACACACACAACUUUUUUCUGUUGGGCUCCUGUCUUUUGACCAACACACAAAUAUUUGAAGUUAUCUGUAUUGUUAAAGGAAUGUUCUGCAUUCAGUACCCACAGCAUUUGUGGUAUGUUGAUUACCAGAAAAAUGACUCAUGCCAGUUUUUUUGGACCAAUUUCAGUAAAUAAUUUCAAUGAAGUACACAAGGCAAGGCAAUGCACACACUGUUUCAAAAGUAUAGCCAUAAGAUUUUAAAGGGUUAGUUCACCCAAAAAUGAUAAUUCUGUCAUUAAUUACUCACUCUCAUUUUAUUCCGAACCCUUAAGAUCUUUGUUCAUCUUCGGAACACAAAUUACGCUAUUUUUGAUGAAAUCCGAGAGGUAUGUGACUCGUCCAUAGACAGCAAUGUAAUCAACGCUUUCAAGGUCCAGAAAGACGUCGUUAAAACAGUCGACGUGACUGCAGUGGUUACUUUAAUACAAGAAUACUUUAAUUACUUCAAUAACAACUUUAUUCAACAAUAUCUUCUCUUCAGUUUCAUUAUCAUUCGUUGUUUACGGCCAGUGCCUCCAGGUUCUAUAUCAGAACGCUGACUCAUUAUUGGCCGGCUCCUGCGUCAGCAUCACACGCAUACGUCUUGCUGCUCACGUCUGAAGCUUCGGCCAAUACUGAGCUGGCGUUUGGGUGUAAACACGGAAGCCUUCACUGUACUUACUGUGUCACCUUUGUAAGUAUAUUGAUAGUAUAAUGAUUAUAUUGCGGUCUAUGGCCGAGUCAUAUACCUUGUGUAUUUCAUCAAAAAUAUCUUAAUUUGUGUUCUGAAGAUGAACAAAGGUCUUUACGGGUGUGGAACAACAUGAGUGUGAGUAAUUAAUGACAGAAUUUUCAUUUUGGGGUGAACUAACCCUUUAAUAAUAUACAUGUUAGCACCUUGUCAAUGUAAAGUUACACUACUGUUUAAAUGUUUGGGGUCAGUAUGUUUUUAAAAGAAGUCUCUUAUGCUCACCAUGAAGGCUCGAUUUAUUCAAUCAAAAAUACAGUAUAAACAGUAAUAUUGUGAACUAUUAUUACAA